AACACAACACAGAUUGCACAAGACCUCUUUCUUCCAAUUUUAUAUAAUAAUCUCACCCACUAAACUAUCUCCAGAUCAACGGUUGUCGAUUUUUUAAUAAUUUGUCUAUAUAGAUGAUCUAGAUAUUAAAACACCAUCUCUGUCUCCUCAUCAACUGCCCCCAAAAUUUCUCACUGGCAUUUGAUAAGGGCCUGAGGUUUAUAACGACGACGACGGUCAAGCGUUAACGGCAAUCAUGAGUGCUGCUGCUGUUAUGUCUGGACCACUAGUCGGUUUAGAAAAAACCGAAACAGAAACUUAUGAAGAGAAGAAACGUAAGCUCUCUUUUAAACAAAGGGCUAUAAAUGCAUCCAACAAAUUGAGGAGUUCAUUUGGCAAAAAAAGCAGGAAAAAUAGUAAAGCCGUGUCGGUUGUUGAACAUGUACACGAUGCUGAUGAAAUAAAGGCGGUUGAUGCUUUACGUCAAGCGUUGAUUUUGGAAGAAUUAUUACCUGCAAAGCAUGAUGAUUACCACAUGAUGCUAAGAUUUUUGAAGGCUAGAAAAUUUGAUAUUGAGAAGACCAAACAAAUGUGGUCUGAUAUGCUCAAAUGGAGGAGGGAUUACGGUACAGACACCAUUAUGGAGGAUUUUGAUUUCAAGGAAAAAGAGGAUGUGAUCAAACACUAUCCACAAGGACACCAUGGUGUUGAUAAAGAAGGAAGACCCGUCUAUAUCGAGCAACUUGGUAAAGUUGAUGCUACCAAGCUUAUGCAAGCCACAACGCUAGAACGUUAUCUUAAGUACCAUGUGACGGAGUUUGAAAGAACUUUUAAUGAUAAGUUCCCAGCUUGUUCAAUUGCGGCGAAAAAACACAUUGAUCAAAGUACCACCAUCCUUGAUGUACAAGGAGUUGGACUAAAAAACAUGAACAAAUCCGCUAGGGAACUUAUCCAGCAUCUCCAGAACAUUGAUGGUAACAAUUACCCUGAGACGUUAUGCCGCAUGUACAUUAUCAAUGCGGGGUCCGGGUUUAGGCUUUUGUGGAGCACAGUGAAAUCCUUCCUUGACCCAAAGACGACUGCUAAGAUUCAUGUUCUGGGCACAAAAUACCAAAACCAGCUCUUGGAAAUGAUUGACGCCAGUCAACUUCCAACAUUCUUGGGCGGUGCGUGCACUUGUGCUGAUAAAGGCGGUUGCUUGCGGUCAGAUAAGGGCCCGUGGCAAGACCCGGAGAUUAUGAAGAUGGUCCGCAAUGGACAGCACAAAUGUUCAAAGAAUCUAAUCCCCGAAGAAAAGACCAUUUCCGAGGACUUGUCUGCAAAUAUGAAAAGCUCUCCUUUAAAGGAAGAGGCUGAGGAUAUCAAGCAACCGAAUCUCCCUUCCGUAUUAGUAGAAGCUUCAUUGAAAAACCACCACCCAACCGCCGAUGUGAAAAGCGACCACACGCCAAUGGUCGACAAGACUGUAGAUCAUCCUAAACCAAAGCCGAAAGUGGCCAUUGCUAAAGAUAUGGAUUAUUAUCCGAUCCAAGAAACUUACAAACCUACUUCCACUCAUGACAAGCUAGGAAACCACCUAAUAUCAGGCGUGAUGACGUUAGUUAUGGGAAUUAUGACCAUGGUCCGUAUGACAAACAACAUGCCCAAAAGGCUUACGGAUGCCACACUUUACUCUAACGGCAUCCAUGAUGAUAAUAAUGAUGAUAUAGUUAAGAAACUGAAAUCUAGACCGUACACUGGGCAAACGCCAGCUGUCUCGACUGCUGAGUAUCUCUCGAUAAUGAAACGAAUGGGAGAGUUGGAGGAAAAGGUUAUUAUUCUUGAAAGUCGACCGGUUGAGAUGCCCCAAGAGAAAGAGGAUAUACUAAACAAGGCUUUGUCUAGGGUUGAAGCAUUGGAGCUUGAACUUGCUGCUACCAAGAAGUCUCUUGAGGAAUCCCUUUCUCAACAAAGAGAAUUCAUGGCAUACCUUGAGAAAAAGAAGAAGAAAAAGAAGAGAUUUUUCGGUUUCUAAACCAACUAGAAGGAAACUGUUGUCGGAUUUUUUAUGAUCCUGUUAAGUUGUGAAGGUUUGUUUUUGUCAAGAGUUCAGAUUUUGUGUAUAAUUAUUAUUUUGUUUAUCUAUCAACGCUGUUUGCGAUUUCUUUAUACGGGUUGUGUUUCAUUUUGAAUAAAGUUUGAGAUUGUUUUUAUGUGAAUUAGACUGCUAAAGCUGAUUGUUCAUGAA